AUGGAUAGCAUCGACAGCGAUCAUGUCGCCGAACGUCAACAACCGAAUCCAGGCACUCUGAUUGGAGACGGCAACAUUAUCGAGCAACUUGAGACGGUUGAUAAAAAUAACGAAGAAUCAUCAGGAGAAGAUGACCCUUUCAGUUACAUGCUGGCUGUUAUCCGCGCCAAGCUCGACCAACCGUCACCAGACGAUCCGCUGCCGGGCCACUUUAGGACACAGACAAGGUCCCGAUUAUCUGACAAUGACCAAAACCCAUUCACUGGUUCGACACCAACAAGGACGGCAAAGCCAUAUUUACAAGCAGAUGCUCAGGGUAGCAGUCAGAUACCACCUGCGAUGCCUCCCAUUCCGGUGAUACCUGACGGUGGCGAGAUGACGCUGGCCUCUGAGUUACAGCAACUCAUCCGGUCGGAAAAGGCACUUGAUGCUGCAGCUUUGUACAAACGCCGCCGGAUAGCCAGCUCGGAGCUGCUAGUCAACACUAGAUACUAUGCAGCCUGUACAUCCUCGCAGUCAACAGUCGACUCAGCCCAGGCGGACCUCUCGCUCGGUUUCAGCACGACCUCUUUCCAAGCCUUGUCCCAACCUCAACGGCGAUCACAGCCAGGGUUCCGGAGGAAUAUACUUAGACACCAGCCCUCUAACGGCUUCGAUCUCAUCAGUUCUCUCGCUUCCUACUCAGUGCUCGCAAUCGAGUUCAUCAAGUACCUCCACCCACGCGAUAUCCUGACCAUCUACUCCAUCAGCCGCGUCUUCCACGCCAACUGGGACGCCAACGAGCAUUACUUCUGCCGCAUCCUGGCCUGCCACUUGGACCCCACUGCCGCCCGGGCCUACCCCUGGGAGCUGUACCGCGACUUUCUAAUCCGCAAUCCCUGCGGCUACAUCUCUAUCGACUACACCCAGCCAGACUUCCGCCGGGGCAUCGACAUCGACAACCCGACUCCUUGGAGCCGCAUGGUCCUCAGCCGGGCCAGCUCCGCCGGCCACGCGCCACUGCAGCUCAGCCCAGGCUCCAAGCUCUGCCUCGGCAUGGCCUGGAUCAACAUGCUGUUCGUCCGCGAGCGCCAGGCCCGCGACGUCGUGGCCUGCCUCGCCCGCAAGGGCCACCGCGUGCCGCCCUCGACGCGCUCCACCAUCCGCAAGCUCUGGACCGUGGCCGACUGCCCCACGAGCCGCGGCCGGCACGGCCUCGCCCGGGCCUGGACCGACGAGGACCUUAUCAACGCCCAAUUGUUCUUCCUGAAGCUCGACCUCAUGUUCAAUGACGCCGUCCAGGGUCCCGGCACUCCGGACCUCCGCCGCCUGAUGCUCGGCCAGCCGGGUGGCGUGCGUGUGCUCUGGCAGUUGCUCCGCCGCAGGCGCUUCGUUGCCGAUCUUCUAGACCUCUUGCGACUGCAGCUGCUUUUCGACGAGGGCGCCGUCACGGCGGAGCAGCGCGAGCGCGGCCUGCCCAUUGCUGGCGUGCCUAUGGAGCUGUUAGGGGUCACGCGGUGCGAGGGCUGGGGCCGUGGUGGGGCGCCGCUCGUCCAGCCCGACGAGCUCGUCGCGGCCGAGUGUGUGAGGAGGCGGCUCGGUGUUGAGAAGCUGCUGGUGCCCAUGAUGGCGUGGGGUUGUAUCGACUUUGAGACGGGGCGGAAUCUGGUCCCGACCGUGGAGGAGCUCUACAUGAGCGACGACGACGAUGGCGGUAGCCGAGGGAUUCGGGGACCCAUGCCGCCGCCGGGUGGGCUCGAUACGCUGGCGGGAAGUGUGCCGCUGGAAGAGGGCGAUUGGAGGCCGCACCAUGCUAUGCGGGCUGUCUUUGAGACUCUGACGUCGGAGCAGCAGCAAGCUGUGGUUGCGGCCGAGGAGGACGAGGAGCUCAUUGCUCAGGCGUGGGAUGGUGAUUCCAACAUGGACUUGGAUGGGUCUGAUGAGGAUCGCGAGGAUGACAACGAUGAUGCUAUGCCGGAUAUCGAGUGA